UGGAGUUGCGUGUUCUCCUGGUUGUGAUUUCUGGAGUAACCGCCGCGUUGGCUGUUUGAAGUCGGCCCAUGUCGCCUGUACCCCGAUCCCGCCCUAAUGAGGACACUCUGGGCUCUCAGAAACGACGACGUGACUCGGAGAGCCCACCGUCCGCCUUGCCCACUAGAGGAUCCCCUCGGGUAGGCGGUUUCGGCCCUCACCUCAGCGGGCCCGAGGGGCUCCAGCCUGCGCGGGGUGCGGAGAUCGCCCGCCUAGUGCAUCCCGUCAGCCACCCCAGGUCUGGAAAGCGGCCGCCGCUGCUGGGGAUGCGCACGUUGGCCGCCGCCGACUCCUCCUCCUCUUCCAUCUGUGGUGGGUACCGCUUCCAUCACCACUAUGCGGGAGACCGCUCGUGGGCGGAGGACUUGGAGAAGGAAAAGAAGGAGAGCUAUAGGCAACGGAGGCUGAAGGAAAGAGAGAGGAUUGGAGAGCUGGGGGCACCUGAGGUUUGGGGAUUGUCACCCAAGUUCCCUGAUCCAGACUCUGAUGAACACACACCAGCUGAAGACGAGGUCAAGAAUCAGAAGAGCAGCAGUUCAGAUUUCACCGAGGAAAAAAGAACAAAGACUGGUCAUUCAGCCAAGAGAAAACGGAAGGAAAAAACCUCCAAAAGGAAGCAUAGAAAGUAUUGCGAUGACAGCAAUUCAGACUCUCACCUUAAUUCCAGCUCUGAUAGUGAUAAAAAGAAAGUUAAAACCAAGAAAAAAGAGAAGAAAAAGAAACACCGGGCAAAACAUCUCAAGAAGAAGAGGAGGAAGAAAGAAUACAGUGACACGGGCUGUGAAGCUUUAGAAAGGGAAUUUCCAGAUGCGUGGAUGGAACAGUCGGUGAGUGCGGACAGCAUGAAUUUAAUAGGCCCAGAAGCACCUGUAAUACAUACCUCUCAAGAUGAGAAACCUUUGAAUUAUGGCCACGCCUUGCUUCCAGGUGAAGGUGCAGCUAUGGCUGAAUACGUAAAAGCUGGAAAGCGCAUCCCCCGAAGAGGUGAAAUUGGCUUGACGAGUGAAGAGAUUGCCUCGUUUGAAUGUUCAGGUUACGUCAUGAGUGGGAGCAGGCAUCGCCGAAUGGAAGCUGUAAGACUGCGGAAAGAGAACCAGAUUUACAGUGCCGAUGAGAAAAGAGCCCUUGCAUCCUUUAACCAAGAAGAGAGGCGGAAGAGAGAGAAUAAGAUCCUAGCCAGCUUUCGAGAGAUGGUAUACAGAAAGACAAAAGGGAAAGACGACAAGUGAGAAGAACACUGUGGGACUUU